CAGACCACCCUGGACAAGGGCUGGGGUUUGAUCCCAACUUUGCAAAACAAAAAAGUGAUCACGCCAACCUGCUCCUGAGGCCCUGAGGUCAGGGAAAUGCUCCCAUGCAAGGGGCUCACAGCCUUCCUGGAUAAGAGGGCAGGACUCUACCUUUGGCACAACUCCCAGCCCACUCUUAGUUCCUUGGCAACAGCUCUGUGUCUGUGAGUGAGGAUAUACAAUGGCAGCCAAGAGGAUAUUGGUGUAUCGAAAUGGGGAUGCCUUCUUCCCAGGCCACCAGCUGGUGGUGACCCAACGCCGCUACCCCACCAUGGAGGCUUUGCUUUAUGAGGUGACAUCAGCUGUGCAAGCCCCGCUGGCUGUACGUGUCCUCUACACACUUAGUGAUGGCCACCCUGUUACCAACUUGGCUGACCUACAGAACGGAGGACAGUAUGUGGCUGCUGGCUUUGAACGAUUCCACAAGAUCCACUAUUUGCCUCCUGGAAUGAAACACCCAGGUGGAAAGACUAGGCAACAACAUGUAAGUCUGGGGGGCCACUGUCUGUAGCCUCUCUCGUCCCAUCCCUGGGACUGCUCGAAUUUUGAACAGGGUUCUGGAAGCAGCAAGAGUUGUGAUUUCAGGGGGCACAUCACACUCACUCUAGAACCUGCUGCUGUCCUGGGUUGUGGGACUUGAGGACACUAUCCCUGGCUCAGUCCCAGUCUUUUACGUAAUCUCCAGGCCAUGGUCCCCAAAGGAAUAAGUAAAUGGUAAGACACAAGGGCAGAAGACAGGAGUUAUGUGACCCAGGAAGCACAGAUGCUCCUGUCAGAAAGGUGUGACCAGACUCAUCCCUGCUCACUACUCUCCUGCACAAGUUUGGGUCCUGCCUGCUCAGCCCAUGUUUAGAACCACCCAGUCUCAACCAAAGUCCUGAACUUCUGACUUGAAGAGCUGACUUGGUUUCAGGAGCCUCCUGUGUCUCAGCGCCCAUGUGAUGGGGUCUUUGGACAGUGGUUGCCAGCAGACGCCCCCUGCUACAUCCAGUGAGUGCCAACCUCAGAGAGCAGGGGGGUGAUGGGGGGUGUAGACUUGUGCCUCCCUGAGGCCAAGAAAGUAGGAGUAGGCUCUUUUUUCAGGAGCUCCAAUUCCAAUAGAAAGAUUAAAAACCCAACAUGAGAAUGGUUCUUGGACCAUUUGGUUCUUGCACCCCUUUCACACAGGAGUCUCGGGGAUCCUUCCCCUUACUUGGCUGUUCUCUGUCUCAGUGUGUUCAGGAACGGGGACCUGCUAAGUCCCCCCUUUAGUCUAAAGCUGUCCCAGACUGCCAUCCAGGACUGGGACACGGUGUUGAAGCUGCUCAGUGAGAAGGUUACGUUACAGAGUGGGGCUGUACACAAGUGAGUAUAGGACAAGGGGCAAUGUUACACGGUGGGGCUGUACACAAACUCUGCACCCUCGAGGGGCUUCCACUGUCCACAGGGACUGCUCUGGUGAACGGCCAUUACUACGUGGCUGUUGGAGAAGAAGAAUUCAAGGCCCUGCCCUAUAUGGAGCUGCUGGUGCCCAGCCCCUCUCUGUCCAGGGGCUGCUGGUGUCCUCCAGGCCUGAAGUACAAAGCCCACAGGAAGAGGGUCCAGGGCUACAAGGCCUCAGCAGCCCAGCCUUUUCCAAAGGAGCCAGGGGAAACUGGGCCAUCCACUUUCUAUGCCAGGCCCCAGCAGCCCUGGAGCAAGCUCCCUGCUCUCUCAUCUCCAUCAGGAGUUACGGGAGUGUAUGGGGCUCCAUACCCGAGGAAGGAGACGGCUGGGGCUCAGGAAGUGAAUGAGGAUGAGAACACACGCACAGAGGAGCCUGUGGAUCAGAGGGCAGCAGAGACAGCAGAAGAGGCCUUGUCUGCGCAACACCAGCCUGGGCCUGAAGCUGUAGCCCCAACCUCCGCCCAUGCUCCUCCAUCUUAAGAGCUGGGAGCUCCAGAUACAAACUGGGGGACAACCACUCCCAGCCACCUCUGUCCCCAGCCCUCAGCAACCUGUUCUGGAGAAGCCAUGCCUCCUGGGCUCACAGUAGGUGUGGCCUCCUCAGUCACAGGCCCACAGGCAGGUUCUGUGGAGGCUACCUCCUCAUGUGAUCCUGCCAGAGACACUGCAUACUCAACACAAAUAAAACAUUUGCUAAGCUUU